ACUGCACGCCUCGUCUCUGACCACCAUGACCACGCUCGCUAGGGAUGCUGCGGCCUUCAAGUCUGCCCUUAGCAGGCAGGACUACUCCUCCUGGCACUCCCAGCCGCCACCACCCCAUUCUGCACUACCACCACCACCACCACCGAUACUAGCGCCCCCCGCCGACGCCGCCGACACCGUCGAACCGCCGCACAAGAAGAAGAAGCGGCCAAAGUCGAAUGUUGUCUAUUCGCAGCCUGCGGACACGGGCACGGGCACGAACGUCAACACGCAGCUCGUGUAUCUUGUUAACCACCUCAAGUCCAAUGGCAACCCCAUGCGACUGCAAGACCUGGCCAUCAUUACGAACAUCCCCGUCGACACUACUCCUGCGCUCCUAGAGAAGUUCCGGGCACACGACCGCGUCGUACAUGAUCAACGGACGGACCUAUAUUCCUACCGCCAUGACUUCAAUGUACGAAAUAAAGCCGCGCUCCUCACAGAAAUACAGCGACAAACACGAAAGGGAGGCGGAUUAUCCGUGCGGACGCUGAAGGAGAGCUGGAAGGAGGCGCCACAAGCGGUUGAGGAGCUCGAGAAGGAGGGUGAGGUCUAUGUCACACGGACAUUGAAAGACGGGCAGAUGCGGAUGGUGUUCUGGAACGAAAUCAAGCCCGACGAGGAGAGUGGGGGCAUGGCGGUCGAGAAAGAAUUCAACGACCUGUGGCAUUCGCUCACCGUCCCGAACGACGUCGACCUUCUCAAGCAGCUCGCGUCGGAAGGCCUGCAAGCGACCGCGGCUGAGGCGAUUGUCCCGAAAGGACCGGCAGGGAGGAAGAAGGGGAAGAAAUCGGCGGCGCGGCAGCGGCAGGUACGCAUCACGAACACGCAUUUGAAGGGGCAGAUCGACCUCUCGCGAGACUACGUCGCACCUGCGGCGGGGAAGUGAGGUGCGAGGCCGCCUCGAGGUCUUCAUUCAUCAUUGGGCGGAGGUUAUCUGUGCACCUGCCGCGUAUCAUCAUGACCGGUUGCUUGCAUUGGACGGACUCAGCGUGGCUUAUUACAUACAUCCAUCGGUAGACGUGCUGCUUCUGUACAUAUCUACGCAUGUCGUCUUCUCGUAAUACAAAGAGCUUGUACACUAGUCAUAGGGUUCGUUACUCCUCGUGUUGGUCUGACCUCUGUAUUCGGUACUCUUGAGCUUCUACUCAGACGUUCAUGACGCAAAUCAGCUUCCUAGCUUAGUGUAACAGGCAACGAUGCUGGCUGUCAGGG